AUGGCAGAAAACGAGAAUUUCGAGGAUGAUCUUUUCGCUGAUCUUUACGAUGAUAACGACGCGCCCUCAGCACCCGCUGCCGCACCCGCCGCUCCCCCGACUCAGAAAGUAGAGCCAUCGCACGAGCCUGCUCCAGUUGCCACCGCCGUGGCCGAAGUGAAUGCUUCUUAUGAUAACAACGCUUUCAGUGGAGAUAUUCAUGGUCAGGGUGGUGAUUACCACGAUAAUGAGGAAGCAUAUGAUGAUGAUGAUGAAGUUGAUUUCAACCUUGGAAAUGGUUCAUCUCAUAAUGUUGCGCCCAAGCAAGAAGAGUCUGUCGCUGCUCCAACUUUUCAUUCUGCCAAGGGCCCUGGUGCCAAAGAAGAUGGAAAGAUGUUCAUUGGUGGCCUGAAUUGGGAGACGACUGAUCAAUCUCUCCGUGACUACUUUUCCCAAUUCGGUGAAGUCACUGAAUGUACCGUCAUGCGCGAUGGUGCUACCGGCAGAUCACGAGGUUUUGGUUUCUUGACUUUCAAGGACCCCAAGAACGUGAAUACAGUCAUGGUCAAAGAACAUUACUUGGAUGGAAAAAUUAUUGAUCCCAAGAGAGCUAUCCCACGUGAUGAGCAAGAGAAGACGAGCAAGAUCUUUGUUGGCGGCGUCAGCCAAGACACAACAGAGGCUGAGUUCAAGGAUUAUUUUGCCCAGUUUGGUCGCGUUGUCGAUGCUACCCUCAUGAUGGACAAAGAUACCGGCAGACCUAGAGGCUUUGGAUUCGUCACGUUUGAGAGUGAAGCUGGUGUAGACAAUUGUACACUGCCUGGCCAAGUCUUGUCCAUCAAUGGCAAGCCUAUCGAAGUCAAGAAGGCUCAGCCCAGGAACAACAUGCAGGAGGAGGAGGCCUCACGCGGCCGCGGCAAAUUCGGCAAAAAGCCUGGCUUCGAUGACCAGAACAGCAACCAGAACCAGAUGCAAAAUCAGAUGAACCAAAGUGGCAUGACGCCCCAGGUCAUGGCUCAGUACAUGCAAAGGAUGCAACAAUACAUGUCCAUGAUGCAGCAGCAGGCUGCCAUGAGUAGAGGCAUGGGAAUGGGCAUGAUGAACCCAGCAAUGAUGCAGCAAAUGAUGCAAAUGCAGAUGAUGGCCCAGAACGGCGGCCAAGGCAUGAACCCGGCAAUGAUGCAACAAAUGCAAAACCAAAUGAACCAGAUGGGCAACCAGAUGGGUCAAGGUGGCCAGGGCAACGACCAACAGCAGCAAUUCGGUAAUCAGCAACAGAUGUUUGGAGGUCGUGGUGGCAGACGAGGUGGCCGCGGUGGAUAUCAGGGAGGCGGCUACGGCAUGGGUGGUGGUGGUGGUGGUGGCGGCGGCGGCGGCGGCGGUGGCCACGCCGGUGGUGAUCCAACGUCUUGGGAGGGCAUGUAUGACGAUGUCCCCCAGCCGAACUAUAACCAAGGCGGCCGCGGAGGCUUCAACCGCAAUAGAGGUGGAGGACAUCAAAGCCCUUCGCCUGCCGACCCCAACGCUGCCCCUCCGCCGAACGCUCCAACUGGUCCAAAGAAUGCUGGUAAGCCUGGCGCCAACUACCGUGGUGGUGGACGGGGAGGCAACCGUGGCUACCAUCCUUACCAGCGCUAG